AGUCUACUCAGUUUCUCUGAGCUCUUCUAAUGACUAAAUCCGAAGAGCGAUUAAACCCCUGAACUAUUCUGUGGGAGGCCCGGGUCUAUUUUGGAUUUUCCCUUUCUAAAAAAAAUGGGAUUUGAGUUGGAUCGUUUCAAGGGGGCUGUGGACCCAGACUUCAAAUGCAACUUGUGUAAUAAAGUUUUGGAGGAUCCGCUCACUACCCCGUGCGGUCAUGUCUUCUGCGCCGGCUGUGUGCUGCCGUGGGUCGUCCAGCAGAGCAGCUGCCCGGUCAGAUGCCAAAGGAUCUCCACCAAAGAGCUCAACCACGUCCUCCCUCUGAAAAACUUAAUAUUAAAGUUAGACAUUAAAUGUGACAAUCACGCGCGGGGCUGCGAGAAGAUCGUCAAACUCCAGCAUCUGGCGGAGCACGCGGAGAUGUGCGAUUAUUCCCCUGCCAAAUGUAGGAAUAAGGGCUGCAGCGAAGUGCUGAACCUUAAAGAUAUGGAUGCUCACAUGCGUGAAUCGUGUGAUUACAGGGCGGUCGGGAUAUGCGAGAGUGGAUGCGGAUUGAUGCUCACUCAUAAGGAGCAGAAGUUGGACAACCACUGCUGUUUGAAAGCCCUCAAAGCGCACAACGGCGCGCUGCAAGGGAAAGUGGUCAGCUUGGAUAAGGAGCUGAAGAAACAAGCUCUCAAAUCGACUAAAAGAGAGAAAUCACUUUUGGCUCAACUGUCGGCGGUUCAUAACGAGCUUCAGAUGACAGCGCUGAAGUAUCAGAAGAAAUUUACAGAAUACAGCGCCAGGAUUGACUCGCUGUCCAAGAGUCUUUCUCCACCGUGUAAGGGUGGAGAGACCAAAAGUGUCACGGCUAUACUCCAUCGUGUGUCUGGAUCUUUAGGCUUCAAUAUCGUUGGAGGAAGGCCAUGUGCAGUAAGUUUAGAAAGAUUUGCACCCUUGUCUUAUCUGUCAUUAGCUCGUUCUAUUUCCUGUUUUAGCCCCAGGUUGUCCAAGGCAGCACAGGUUAUUUAUCUACUCCAGGGUUUCCCAAACUGGGAUGGAAGUGAGCAGGGAGAAGGAGUAGCGGCACGUAAGACUGUUAGUCCCAGCGGAGAGCUGCUUUCCAGUUGA